AUGUUUCAGGAUCUUCACACUUUCAGUUCCAACAUUUGUCAUGGAGUAACAAAUACAGAGCAGAUUGUAGCAUGCAAGAGUAAACACCUGGCAGUUGCGAUAGUACGGCCAAGCAUAAUUGGUGCCUCUCUGGAAGAACCAUGUCCUGGUUGGCAAGAGAAUAUUUCUGCAUUUACAGGUAGCUUCCUGCUAAUCGGCAGAGGAUUUGCAAGAGCUAUGCGAGGUAGGAGGGAUGCCAGAUUGGAUGUAGUGCCUGUCGAUUUCGUAGUGGACACGAUAAUAUGUACUGCAUGGCAUGUCACACUACAUCGUGAUCAUGAAGUUAAAGUAUACAACUGCACGAGUAACGCAUGCCCUUUUAAGUGGGGUCCGAUGAUAGAUGCUAUGGUAAAGUGUAGCAUAGAAAUGCCACUGGACGAUACACUAUGGUAUCCGGGUUGUUCGGUUGUAGCUAAUAGGUAUAUUUACAACGUUCUGGGUGUAAUUCCGCUUGUUUUGCCUGCGGCCGUGAUAGAUAUCUUUUCAAGACUUCGAGGUAAUAAACCAAUAAUGAUGAAACUCCUAAAAAAUUGCAACAAGCUGUUCACAUCGCACGGAGUUUUGGUACUUGGUUACUUCUGCGGGCGCUGCAUACUUCGGUUCUGUUGGUGUCCUUCCAAAAAUAUUAGGAUUCCAGGUGAUGUGGUUUUCGUAGAAGUGUUUUAUUAG